AUUCUUUUACUCUCUCAAUCUCCAUCUUCUUUACGCCAUUUCUGAAGUAGGUUAAAAGAUUCAAACUUUUAUGAUACAUUCGGAUUCCAAAAUGACCCGUUUACUCAGUCUCACCUUGGAGAUCCGCACGCGAGGAAUGAAUGCUAUCAUGAUGCAUUGAUUCUUGGGUGCUUCACCUUACAUUCAUUUCUGGAGGAGAUUAGCGGUUUUUCUUCAUUUCAUUUUGGUUGUUUGAUCAAGAACAGUCUCUGAGGGGAUUGGAUUCGAUUUGAUUUGGUAACCUUGGCGAUUUUUCAAACCCUAGCUUGUUAGUGCAUGUUUAUUUGGAUUCCGGCCCAGAUGAGGGGUGGAUUGGGAGUACCACCCCAGCCCUGAUUUCGCUUCAAGGUUGAUGUUAUAUGGAUUCGCCAUUGUUGACCUCAAUCAUCUUUACGUUAGGUUUCUUUGCGAUAGCCGUGCAGUCUCGGAACGAUGUGAAUCCCCCGCCGCAAUCGCCGCUCGUUUCGCCUCCGCCGCCUCCUCCUCCUCCUCCACCUCCACCCCCUCCGCCACCCUUCUCACCCCCUCCUCCGCAUCACCAAUCUCUGCGACCGCCGCCGCCUCCUCCACCCAGGAAAUUCGCUCCGUUUCCUCCUAAGAUGGCCCCGAACCACGAGACUGGAAGGCAGAACAACGAUCAAAUCCACCAGUCAUCUAAUCGGAAGUUAAACCCCCCACCAAAACAAACGAAACUCAAUUUGGGGAAGAAAAUUGGAUUGAGUUUUGCAGGCAUUGCCGUGUUCUUGCAGGUGGUUGUGAUUGCAUUCUUGGCACUCAAAAGAACGCAGCUGUUAAAGACUGAGAGGAGUGGAUCCCCCAAUGGAAACACAGUGUUUGUCACACUGGAUUAGAGCUCUAUUAAUUGACUGUCUUUAAAGACUUUUUGGUAACAAGCAGGACAUUAAUGGAUUCAUAAGCAAUGAUCAGAGUACUGUUGUCCCCGUGCCGGGUCUCAUUUGUUAAUUGGUGGGUGAACUUAAGGAGCUGGCUUGGAUUUGGUGUAGAGGACCAAAAUGCGUUAUACUUCCUUUUUUUCCAUUUAGAGAUAGGGUCUAGGUAGGCAAUUAACGAGUUCAAUUUUGUUGGGUAGGCAAUUAACGAGUUCAAUUUUGUUGGAGACAUGAGUUGUAAUCGCCAUUGCUGUAUAUACAUGUGCAUAAUACAACUAGAAAACAUUUACCAGCCACCAGCCUUCUUUCUGAUAUGAACAAUUAUACAUUGUAUUGUUUUCAGCCUGUCA